AGUACAUAGGUAGGAUAUCCUGAGCAGAAAAACUUUGGUUUUAUGGACAGAAAAUACUGGAAUGCCAGCAAUGAUUUCAACACUCUAUAUGGUAUUUCUCUGCCUCAUUCAGCUGUCUACUCAGUUGGGCAUUAGUAGCUUUUCUAUCUACAAUGAAGAGCAUAAGAAAUGUGUCAUUGCUAAAAGUACCAAUUCAGUUAUAGCUGGAAACUGUGUGACAACUGAUCCAAAUCAAAAGUUCAGAUGGAUUUCAGAGAACAGAGUGAUGAGUGUUGCAUUUGCACAGUGCCUUGGGGUACCUGCAAAGAAGGACUGGGUUCCAGUCACCCUUUAUCCCUGUGAUACAAAAAAUGAAUUUCUGAAAUGGGAGUGCAGAAACGAUACCCUUUUUGCACUAAGUGAUGUUGAACUGUACUUUAACUAUGGUAACAGAGAUGAGCAAAAUGUCUUGCUGUACAAAGAAAAUGGAACAUGGAGCAGGUGGAUCAUUUUCGGCACAAAUGAUAACUUAUGUUCUCAAGGAUAUGAUGACAUAUUUUCCUUGAAUGGUAAUUCUAAUGGACAGCCUUGUGCGUUUCCUUUUCUGUUUCAAAACAAAUGGUAUGCUGACUGCACGAAGGCCGGAAGAGCUGAUGGACUGAGCUGGUGUGCAACAACAGAAAAUUAUGAUAAAGAUGAGAAGUACGGCCUUUGCCCCAUAAAAUUGCUCACAGGGCUGAACCUGGACUAUAUCAAGCUACGAGUAUGGAAGUUACCAUUUGGGAUUGAUACAGGAACUUCUGCUUUCCAUGAACUGAUGGACCUUUUUGAUAAAGCAGGACUUGAAAUGCUGCAUAUAAUCAUCAGAAAUAAUCAAAGUAGCCCUGCUGGACAGCCAGGAAAGAGCUGUGCAACAUUGCAUCCUGGAAAAAAUGCAAAAUGGGAAAACAGUGAAUGUGGUCGGAAAUUUGGAUACAUUUGUAAGAAAGGAAAUACCACUAGAAAUGUUUUCAUUGAUCCUUCUAUUAAUAAUGUGCAUAUUAAGUGCCCAGAUCAGUGGGUUCCUUAUGCAGGCUACUGUUACACAAUCAAGAGAGAAGAGAAAAUGUGGAAGGAUGCCUUGUUGUCAUGCCGAAAGGAAGAAGCUGACCUUGCCAGUAUCCACAAUAUCGAGGAACACAGUUUUAUAUUGUCUCAGCUUGGAUAUUUGCCAACUGACAUACUCUGGAUUGGUUUGAAUGAUGAAAAGCACCACAUGCUGUUUGAAUGGAAUGAUGGGACUCCAGUUACAUUCACUAUAUGGAAGCGGGGAGAGCCCAGCCAUCUACAAAACAGACAAGAAGACUGUGUGCUCAUUGCGGGAAAGGAUGGUAACUGGGCAGAUCACAUCUGUGAAAAGAAACAUGGCUACAUUUGCAAACGAAAACCAUUAUCUAUGACUCAUGAAGAUCUGGCUACACCUGAAAACGGUUGUCAGAUGGGUUGGAAGAGACAUGGAUUCUACUGUUACUUCAUUGGGUCCACUGCCAAGACCUUCGCUGAGGCAAAUCAAACAUGCAGAAGUGAUGGGGCUUAUCUGGUCACUGUUGAAGACAGAUAUGAGCAGGCUUAUCUGACAACUUUAAUUGGCCUGAGACCAGAGAAAUAUUUUUGGCUUGGUAUGUCCAACAUACAGAAGAAAGGAACAUUUACAUGGACUGAUUUAGAGACAGUAACAUUUACCAACUGGAAUGCACAGAUGCCAGGAAGUCAAUCAGGAUGUGUGGCUAUGAGAACUGGAAUUAAUGCUGGCUUGUGGGAUAUUGUCAACUGUGAAGAAAAAGCAACAUAUAUCUGUAAACACUGGGCAGAGGGAGUAACGCCACCCCCAGUUCCAACAACAACUCCUGCUCCACAGUGCUCAGAAGGAUGGCAUUCUUCUACAAAUUCAAAAUACUGCUACAAACAUUUCUACGGUCCAAUGGCAAUGAAGAAGACCUGGUCUGAUGCUCGAGAUUAUUGUCAGGAUAUUGGAGGAGACCUAGCUAGUAUACAUAGUCAAGAUGAAGAAAAUGCUAUUAUAUCUGGAAUGAAAGGGGAAGCACGUUAUCGUCAGAAUUACUGGAUUGGUCUCACUACACUGGAUCCUACAAAAGGAUAUGUAUGGACGGAUGAUUCCCCAAUGGACUAUACUAAUUGGAAUUACGGCGAGCCGAACAAUUACAAUGGAAGAAAGCUUUGUGUAGAGCUGACAAUGUCUUACAAAGCAUUUUGGAACGACAGACACUGUGACUAUUUCAGUUAUUGGAUCUGCCAAAUUAAGAAAGGUGCUGAAGUAAAAACUCUGCCUAAUGUGUCACUUCCAGAAUAUAAUAAGACUGAAGAUGGCUGGGUAAUAUACAAUGGGUCUGACUACUAUUUUGGUAAAAAAAAUGUCCCUAUGGAGGAUGCCCGAGCCUUUUGUAAAAAGAAUUUUGGAGAUCUUGUUGUGAUUGAUGGUGAAAGUGAAAGGCGCUUUUUGUGGAGACAGGUCGGAGUGGGUGAAAUUAGUAACUUCUACAUUGGACUUAUUUUAGGACUUGAUGGAACAUUCAGGUGGAUGGAUGGAUCACCAUUAACCUACGUAGCUUGGGAUGUGAAUGAACCAAACUUUGCAAAUAAUGAUGAGAACUGUGUAGUCAUGUACAAAGAUUUAGGUUUCUGGAAUGAUAUUAACUGUGGUUACCAAAACCCUUUCAUAUGUGAAAGGCCUAGCAACUUUGUCAACACAACUGCAUUGCCAACAACACCACCACCACCAGUGAAGGGAGGAUGUCCUGAAGGCUGGCUUGGCUUUGGGAAUAAGUGCUAUGGAAUUUUUGGAAAGAUUAAAGAAGAGCAGCUCAGCUGGUCGGCUGCAAGAAAUGAAUGCUUGAGUUUUGGUGGGAAUUUAGUAUCCAUUAUGAAUGCAAUGGAGCAAGCAUUUCUUACUGUACACCUGAAGGACAUGGAUGUUGGGUCUUGGAUCGGCUUAAAUGAUAUCAAUCAAGAACAUAUGUUUCUCUGGACAGACGGACGGCCAGUGUACUAUACAAACUGGGCCAGAAAUUACCCAAAGGGCUCUCUCAGCUUCUAUGAAUAUGACAUGGUGGAUUUUUCCCAUCAUGAUUAUUCUGACCUUCUAACAUUUAGUAAGGAUUUAUCCGAUCAUGAUUAUAUUGACCAUCUAACAUUUAGUAAGAAUUUUGACUGUGUACUAAUAAAGACAGGCAUGGUAUCAGAAUCUGGACACUGGAUAGACACAGAUUGCAGUUUUUCACGGGGUUAUAUAUGCUACAAAGCUACAGACCCUGACAUACCUCAGCAACCAACAGAUACUCUUAAGGAUAUGAUCACCUUCGAUAACAACACUUACAAAAUAGUUGAAAAUAAAAUGAAGUGGGAUGAUGCGCAGUCUCAAUGCACUGCCAAAGGAUUUAAUCUUGUCAGCCUUAGAAAUAUUUAUGAAGAUGCUUUUCUUUUGCUGCAGGUUGUUAAGCUUGGAGGGCCUGUUUGGAUAGGCCUAAACAGCAAUAAGACUCAAGGCAGGUAUAAAUGGAUUGACAACUUCAAUAUGAAAUUUACAAACUGGGGACCUUCACAGCCUGAUGAGAAUAUAGCCUGUGUUUACAUGGAUGUGGAUAGAUCAUGGAAAACAGCAUCCUGUGACGAUGAAUUUUUUGCAGUCUGCAAAAAGUCAGAUGAUAUUGUUCCAACUGAUCCUCCUCAGCUUCCGGGAAAAUGUCCAGAUGCAGCUAAAGGAAAAUACUGGAUUCCUUUCCGUGGCCAUUGCUAUUUGUUUGAGACUUCAGAAUAUAAUGCCUGGGGUCAUGCAUCUCUUGAGUGCCUUCGUCAAGGGGCAUCAUUGGUCUCUAUUGAAGAUGGCCUUGAACAAACAUUUCUCUGGCAAAACACAGAAUUAUUAUCUGAUAAAGUUUCCUCAUUCUGGAUAGGACUGUACCAAAAUGUAGAUGGUCGUUGGCUGUGGAUCGACAAUUCACCUGUGGACUUUGCUAACUGGGCAAAUGAAAAAUCUUUUCAUGACGAUGUUCCCAGUAUUUCAAAAUGUGCAGAAAUCCUUUCACUUAGUGGAACCUGGAGUUAUAACACUUGUAAUACUAAUAGAAGAUACAUCUGCAAGAUGCCUAAGAUUAUUGAACCAACCUCAAAACCUGCAAACACUGAAAAAACAGAUGGCUCUAACAGCAAACAAGAAGCACCGGUUUCGCAUAGUGUUACUGGGGUUCUCGUCUUCAUCGUAAUUGUCAUUCUAUCGGGAAUUGGCGGAGCUGCAUAUUACUACUACAGAAGGAGGCACAAGCCAUUCACAAAUGUGAAUAAUUUUAGCAACUCUCUCUACUUGAAUUCUGAGAGUAUGGGUGUAGCUACAGACAUGCAGGAUCUUAUGUCUAAUAGUGAAAAGAACGAACAUGCCAUAGUUUAAUAUAUCAAGAGUUUGACUGCAUGCCAAAGACAAUGCAAAGUGAUUAAUGUACUGUGUUAACUGAUUGUUAACCUCCUUCACUUUGUACCUGUCUACUGGAUUUAUGAUUACCCCACGAAUGCACUAGCAUUUUGCCUUUCUACCUGUCUACUGGAUUUAUGAUUACCCCGCUACUGCACUAGCAUUUUGCCUUUCUGCUAAAAAAUUUAGACUUAAUCAUACAAAAAUAAUUAAUUGAACUAAGCAAAAACCUGAAAUGAUGUUUAAAUAAAAUUAUUGUAGAUAUUCUGAA